AUGGCAUCUCAAGGCGUUCUUGACCAGAUUCGCGAUUUGCAAUCAUUUAUAGAUGAUUUUGCUGCUGAAGCAGGUACAAAUAGUGUACCAGGAACACCAACAUCCAUGGACAAAGAGGAUGAAAAGACGCAAAUCGAGCCACCCAUCAUCCACCAAAAGCCCAAUGAAAAGACAGAGGAUGAGCAGCUUCAACCGCAGCAAGAAAAGACGCUGGUGGAGCAGGAAAGAGAACCCACCACAUCAUCAUCAUCAACAAAAACCGAGACAGAGCCGCUCUCCAUCUUGUCCUAUGACCUGAAUUUAUCCGAUGAUUUCUCAUCACUGGUAGAUCAGUUUAAGGACCUCAAAGUAUCUCCUAUAGAAAUCAAGAAAUUGCAGCAGCAGAAUGUGUUGCAAGACCAGGUUGAGAAGAUGGAGGAGGAAAAGGUACAAUUGGAUCCAGUCAUUAUAUCUGUUUCGGACAAGAAACUGCCCUCUUUCACCACAGCAACGAGAUCAAGAAGAACAUCCGUCUCGAGCAAAAGAUCUCAAAAGUCAUCCAAGAGCUCCAAGAGCGCCAGACGACUACAAAAUGAAAAGAAGCAAUUCAAGCAGCAUCAAUCAGCAGCAGGGACAGAAUCACCUACACCUCAGCCACAAAAAUACAUUCAGCGAUCUUUUGAUGAGAUGAUGCGUAUACCUGACAUUUACGAACGAUUAGCAUUUUACGAAAAGACCUUGGAUCUUUGUCUUAAAGCGGAAUCACCCAUCGCUUCUUGGUGUAAAUCAAAUCAACAAAAGGGUAAACCCGAGCCAUUAUUAGAAGGUUAUGUACCACCUGCGAGACUCUUAUCCCCCGAAAUGCCCCAUCACAAUGAUUUUGGAAGCAUGAGCUCUACAUUCAGUGGAUCCAUAUCCAUGUUUUUGAAGAAGGCGACCAUCAGCACACCCUCCAUGCCGAAGCGGCAUUUACCGGUGGACCAUAAUGGCUAUGGAACACCGUAUAUUCAGAGCAGCAACAGCAGCAGCAUUUUUGGAAGAUCCAUUAGCCGUUUGAAUUUAUCUCGAUCUACGCAAAUUCCUCGGUACGACCAACCAAUCGCCUCACCACUGUCUCACAGAUUCCAUCCUAAAAACAAGGUCUACAACAAGAAAUCAGGCCUGCAAAAGCAGCAGCAAGUGGCAGGCUUGUCUCCUCUGUCGAUCGACUAUUCCUCAUCUUCAUCUACCUAUACAGCUACACCCCGAUCCACGUCUAGCACACCGACCUCAUUCGGCAGCAUGUCCACCAUCAAUAGUCGCAGUGAAUCCACAACCAUCAAUGCAGAACUCGCUUACAUGAUGAACGUGUUGCCACAGAUUGAUAUGCGUAUACUACAAAAUGCGCUGAAUGAAGCUAAGGGAGAUCCGAUGGUAGCUAUAUCCAUUGCUGUGAGUGCGAAUAAACAACGAUCCAAUGAGUCUCCAACCGCUCCCGGUGUAAAAUCCAUCAAGACUCGUGCAAGCAGCGGCAAGAAACGCUAUGGCAGCAGAGUGUAA